GCGUGCAGGUGAGCCGGCUGGCGGGGGUCGCGGGCAUGGCUGAAGCCAGGAAGCGGCAGGAGCUGCUUCCCCUGAUCUACCAGCAUCUGGUGCAGGCGGGAUAUGUGCGCGCGGCGCGGGAAGUGAAGGAGCAGAGCGGUCAGAAAAGAUUCCUGACUCAGCCUGUCACCCUUUUGGACAUCUAUACACACUGGCAACAAACCUCAGAGCUCGGCCAGAAGCAGAAGGCAGAGGAAGAUGCAGCCCUGCAAGCCAAGAAGACCCGAGUGUCAGACCCCACCAGCAGUUCAGAGAGCUCAGAAGAGGAGGAGGAGGAGGAGGAAGCAGAAGCCAAAACUGUCAAAGCUACCCCUAGACUAGCAUCUACCAGUGCCUCAGCUGUGGGGGCGAAUGUGCCAUCAAGCAUGAAAGAGAAGGCCAAGGCAAAGACCAAGAAAGCUGGCAAGACGGUGAACUCCGUGCCACAUCCUGCCUCGGCAAAGGCAGUGGUCCACCUCCUCUCUGGGAAGUCACCCAAGAAGUCAGCAGAGCCCUCAGCAAAUACCAUCUUGGUCUCAGAAACAGAAGAGGAGGGCAGUGUCCCAGCCCACAGAGCUGCUGCGAAGCCUGGGACAGUGUCAGUGGACCCAGCCAGCAGCUCCAGUGAAGAUACCUCCAGCUCCAGUGAUGAGACAGAUGUGGAGGUGAAACCCUCAGUAAAACCAGCCCAGGUCAAAGCCUUACCAGCUGCGACCAAGGAGUCUCCUGCAAGAAGGGCAGCCCCAAGCCCUCGGAAGGUGGGGGAUGUGACACCCCAGGUCAGAAGUACCCUGACCCCAGCUGGGGGAACCAAGAAGCCAAAAGAGAAGUUGGAGAGCAGCGAGGAGGAGUCUGAGAGUGAUGAAGAGGUCCCUGCGGGCACACCCAACCAGGUAAAGGCCACUGAGAAAAUCUUCCAGGCUAGAACUGCCACAGCCUCUGCCAAGGGGAUCCCUGGGAAAGGGGCCACUGUGGCACCCCCAGGGAAGGCAGGGCCUGUUGCUCCCCAGGCCACGGUGAAGAGACCAGAGGAGGAACUGGAGAGUAGCAGUGAGGAGGAGUCUGACAGCGAGGAGGAGACCCCAGCCACUGCAGCUCUGCUUCAGGCAAAGUCCUCAGGGAAGAGCCCUCAUGUCAGAGAUGUCUCAACCCCUGCCAAGGGAUCUCCCAGGAAAGGGGCCCCUCCAGUGUCCCCUGGGAAAACAGGACCUGCAGCCAUCCAGGCUUCAGCAGGGAAGCCAGAGGAGGACUCAGACAGCAGCAGUGAGGAGUCAGACAGUGAGGCAGGGACACCAGCAACCAAGACCCUAACUGUGAAUUCCGCUCAGACAAAGCCCCUGGGGAAAAUCCCCCAGGUGAGACCUGCCUCAGCUGUGGGCCGGGGACCUUCAGGGCAAGGUGUAGGCCUUGCAGCCUCCGGGAAGGCAGGCUCGGCGGCCUCUGCAGCCCAAGUGAGAAAGGUGGAGGAGGAGUCAGAGAGCAGCAGUGAGGAGUCGGACAGUGAAGGGGAAGUGCCACAAGCCACCUUGACCCAGGCAAAGCUCUCCGGGAAAACCCUCCAAGUCAAACCUGCCUCGGGUUCUGCCAAGGGGCGCUUGGGGAAAGUGACUGCCCCAGCACCCCCUCAGAAGGCAGGGCCUGGAGUCAGCCAGAUCAAGACUGAAAAGUCCAAGGAGGACUCAGAGAGCAGCGAGGCAUCAUCCGACAGUGAGGAGGAGGCACCAGCUGUGACUCCAGUCCAGGCAAAACCAGCUCUGAAAACUCCUCAGACCAAGGCUUCCCCCAAGAAAGGCACCCCCAUUACCCCUGCAUCUUCCAAGACCCCAGUGCACGUGGGCACCCCAGCCCCCUGGAAAGCAGGAACAGUGACUUCAUCAUCCCCAGCUGUGUCCUGGGGUGCCCAGAGGCCAGAGGAAGAUUCUUCAAGCAGUAAAGAAGAGUCGGAGGGUGAGGAAGAGGCUGCUUCUGCCACAGCAGUGGCACAGGUGAAGUCUGUGGGGAAAGGCCUCCAAGUGAGAGCUGCCUUGGUGCCCACCAAAGGGCCCUCAGGGCAAGGAACUGCCCCAGCGCCCCCUGGGAAGCCUUCAGUUGCCCAGGUUAGAGCUCAGGAUCCUGAAGACUCUGAGAGCAGCGAGGAAGAGUCUGACAGUGAGGAGGAGGCCACCACUCCCGCACCGGCGAAGUCCUCGGGGAAUAUCCCUCAGGCCAAAGCCAGCCCAGCUCCCACUAGAGCAUCCGCCAAAGGGGUAACAUCAGCCACCGGAAAAGUGCUCACAGCAGCUGCUCCAGCCAAACAGGUGUCCCCAGCCAAGGGGAAGCCACCAGUGAAAACCCCCCAGAAUAGCACCGUCACAAUGAGGGGACAGGCAUCUGUGCCAGCCAUGGGAAGGGCAGUGGCCAGAGCAGCCCAGACCCAGAAGGGGCCCAUUGGCAGGGCAGAGGAGGAGGAUUCUGAGAGCAGCGAGGAGGAGUCAGACAGUGAGGAGGAGGUGGCACCAGCUCAGGUGAAGCCCUUGGGGAAGAAGCUCCAGGUCAGGGCUGCCUCAGGCCCUGCCAAGGGGUCUCCCAGGAAAGGUGCCCCUCCAGCACCCGCUAGGCCUGUUUCUGCCAAGGCCCAAGCCCCAGACCUGGUGGGGAAGCAGGAUGAGGAUUCAGACAGCAGCAGUGAGGAGUCUGACAGCGAGGAAGAGACAGUGGCAGCCAUGACCCCAGCUCAGAAGGAUGGUACCUCCAAAACUGCCAGAGGCAAGGCCCUGACCUCAGGACCCACAGAGAAGAACACGAAGGUGUCCUCAGACAGCAGUGGCGAAGAGUUGCCAUCAAGCCAGGUGAUUAAACCCCCUCUGAUUUUUGUCGACCCUAAUCGUAGUCCAGCUGGCCCGGCUGCUACUCCUGCACAGGCCCAAGCUGUGAACACCCCAAGGAAGGCCCGGGUCUCAGACAGCACCGCCGGGCGCUCCUCCUCCGAGAGCGAGGAUGAGGACCUGAUCCCCGCCACGCAGUCCUCCACGCCCGCUGUUAAAACCAAUGUGACUGUGCCCACUGCCCACUCACGGACAACCCCCAGAACCAACGGCAGUGAGGAAUCCAGUCGGGCAUCAGAAGGCAAGAAACAGGAGACGGCAGCCACUCAGGUGGCAAAGCAGAACCCAGCUUCCCUCCCACUGACGCAGGCUGCCCUGAAAGUUCUCACCCGUAAAGCAAAUGAGGCCCAGCCUCCUGCCAGGACUCAGUCUUCAAGUGAGGUUGGCAGUGCUGUGGGAGCACUCCCUGUGACUCGUCCCCAGAGCUCCCCUGUCCAGGCCAAAGUGACCAACAAGCUCAAACAACCCAAGCUUCCUGCAGGCCAACAGGCCACAGCCACUCCCUCUGGCUGCCCCAAAGCCAAAGACCCUGGGAGCUCAGAUGACAGCGAGGACAGCAGCGAUAGCUCUUCGGGAAGCGAGGAUAAUAGGGAACCCCAGAAGGCCAAGUCAACUCCAAGGCUAGUAUCUCCAGCCCCCUCCGGGAAGGAGACCUUGGUAGAGGAGACCACAGCAGAGUCCAGCGAGGAUGAAGUGGUGGCACCUUCCCAGUCUCUCCUCUCAGGUUAUGUGACCCCAGGGCUGACCCUGGCCAAUUCCCAGGCUUCAAAGGCGGCUCUAAAGCCAGACUCCAGCCCCUUGGUUUCCUCUGCUCUGGCACACAAAGAUGACCCAGAUGGCAAGCAGGAGUCUCAACACACAGCAGGCACCAUUUCCCUUAAAACAGGUAAAAAGGAAGCCACCUCAGGCACCACACCUCGGAAGCCCACAAAGGGAGCCCCAAGCACCACAGACUCAACACAGGCACUGCAGAGCAGCAUCGCCCAGCGCCUCCUGGGGGAGCCCUGGCCCCUGAGUGAGGCCCAGGUGCAGGCCUCUGUGAUGAAGGUCCUGACAGAGCUGCUGGAGCAGGAAAGGAAGAAAGCCGCAGAUGCCACCAAGGAGAGCAGCAGGAAAGGCCGGAAGCGGAAGCUCUCAGGAGACCAGUCCGCCGUCAGAGCCCCCAAGAGCAAGAAGAAGAAGCAGCUAGCAGCCGGAGAAAGUGGGGAGGGUGCUGUUUCUUCAGAAAAGGCCUCCAGGACUUCCAAAGGGAAAUCAAAGAGAGACAAAGCAAGUGGCAACACAAAGGAGAAGAAGGGGAAGGGAUCUUCCGGCUCCCAAGGGGCCAAGGACAAGCCAGAAGGGGAGCUGGGGACAGUGAAGGUUGAAGGUGGAGAUCAGAAUGACCCAAAAAGCAAAAAAGAGAAGAAGAAAUCUGAUAAGAGAAAAAAAAAUAAGGACAAAAAGGAAAAAAAGAAGAAAGUGAAAAAGGCCUCAACCAAAGACCCUGACGCACUGUUCCAGAAGAAAAAGAAAAAAAAAGAAGAAGACAGCAGAGCAGACCGUGUGAGGGGCCAAGCACAAGACAGGGAGUUCUUCAUGGAGUAGUGACCAUCUCCAGGCCUCUGACCUCUGCCUACCGUGGUUUGGGACUGAAUUUUUAACUUCUCCCUCUGCAGAAGAAGAUGGCCAGCGCAGGAUCCCAGUGCUGGCCAAGCCUGUGAGCCUGCCAGAAGCCUGGUCUGAGGAGGAGGCAGGCCCAGCUCCUGGGACCUCACCCCACUGACCCCAGCACAAGGGCGCUUCGUAUAGAUUGUACAGUAUAUAUAUUUUUUUAAGUGACCUGUCUCUCCCCCUUCAAAUCCAACAUGCCUAAGGGCUAGGACUUCCCACCACUUUGCUCUGCAAAUCCAGUGAGGCCAAGCGUAUGCUUCUCCUAUGCAUCUGGUCUCUGGCUGAUCCCAAGCCUUUGUCUUCUUUUUGUCUGUUCUGUUCUUCUGGUUGUAGGUUGUGGUUUCUGUGUUCUGUUGUUCUUCUUUCCUUUUUUUUUU